AUAUUUAACGAAGAAAUCAAAGCUUUUAAGAUGGAGAAGCUCUCUUUUCAUGCGUUGUUUUGCACAUUUUUGUGUGCCUUCCUUUUGGUUUCAUGGCGUGCAAUGUCUCAAGAAGUUGAGGAUCAGAAGGAGUUUGAUUAUAAUGAAGAGGGAAAGAGAGGGCCUUCCCAUUGGGGAGAUCUUAAGAGAGAGUGGCAUAGCUGCAAGGCUGGGCUAAUGCAAUCUCCCAUUGAUCUAUUGCACGAGCGAGUUCGAAUUGUACCCCAUUUUACGAACCUCAAGACCGAGUAUAAGCCUUCUAAUGCAACUCUUAAGAACCGAGGCCAUGAUAUUAUGUUGAAAUGGGGUGAAGGGGCUGGCUAUAUGGAAGUUAAUGGAACUCGCUACUUUCUUAAGCAAUUCCAUUGGCAUUCGCCCUCUGAGCAUACAAUCAAUGGCAGAAGAUUUGCUUUAGAAGCCCAUUUGGUGCACCAAAGCCCAACAGGAAGUGUUGCUGUCAUUGGUGUUCUCUACAAAAUUGGACGACCUGACUAUUUCUUGUCCAAGAUGAAAGAGUAUUUGGAAGAAGUUUCUGAUACAAAAGAAGAUGAACCAAUUGAUUUGGCUGAUCCGUCACAAUUAGAGAUGAGAAGCAGUUUAUAUUAUCGAUAUAUUGGCUCUCUAACUGUUCCGCCGUGUUCUCAAAAUGUGCUUUGGACCCUUGUCAGAAAGGUUAGGACCGUUUCACCUGAACAAGUGAAGUUACUUCGAGUGGCGGUUCAUGAUGACUCAGACACUAAUGCAAGGCCUUUGCAACCGCUUAAUGAUCGAAAGAUUCAACUCCGAGUCAAAUCAUGAGGAAAAAA